GUCUUUUUCUCUGCAGCACAAUAGAAAAUUAGGUCUUGCUUUUCUUCCAUCUGAUAGGAAUUAGGUAUAGACAUAGUGAUGUUCAGUUUUAUCUAAAUCCUAUUCUCGGGCAUUGUUCUUGCAUCAGGCGCAUCAUCAAUCUUGUAUUAUGCUUUGUUCUUGCUUAGUUUGUGUAUGUUCUUGUUCCGUUCUGUUACAUUGUAAUGAAAUCAAUUCAUAAACUGAUCGAUUGGUUAUAUGAUUUUACGCUGUCUAUGGUUAUUAACUGUUAAAACUAUUUUGGUAAUCUUGCUCUCCUGGAAUUCGUUGUAAUUAUGGUACUGCUUGACAUAUAGCUUACAAGAAAUCAAUUGAAGUUUUAAACACAGCUGAUAAAACUAUGGGUCCGCAACAAUGUAAGGUUUGUAAUGAAGCAAAGUCCAAAUAUAAAUGUCCAACAUGUCUUAUACCAUACUGUUCCCUUGUUUGUUACAAGAAACAUAAAGAAACUCCAUGUGCUACUGCUAAGUCAGUAUCUUCCGAUGAUAUACCAAAAACAUCGCAUACUGCACCUGUUUCCGGUGAUAAGAAGCCAACUCCUUCUCAAGUCCUUGCAGAACGACCUCUUCAUAUUGUUAAACCAUGUGAAGUUUUGGAAAAGGCUAAAUUGGAAUCUAUUGCCACUUCUGAAGAAGUUCGAGAUGCUUUGAAAAAUGAAGACCUCCAGAAGCUCAUUUGUAGCAUAGAUAAUGCUCCAAAAGCUUUGGAAGAACUUGAAAAGGCUAUGGGUGUGGAAGCUUUUCGCAUAUUAUCAGACAAGGUUCUUUCUUUGGUAAAUCCCGAAUGAGUGCGAAGUUCUGAGACGGAAAGAAAACGACUUCUUUCGGUUAGAUGAUAGCUGCAUGAAGAUCAAAGGACAAAUCCCGUAGAGAUCAGGACCAUCCUGGCUCAGCACUUUUUGAUAAGAUAAUCUCACUAGUUUUCUUAUGCAAAGAUCAUCAUGGAUCAUUCAAACUUUAGACAAUCGGACCUUCAACUUGUUUAUAUAUUGCAUGUACACUUUACCUAAAUGUAGCAUGGAAGAUACAGGGCGUUAAUCCACUCAUAAACACGCAUGCUGAAUCAAGUCGGGCCUGGUUAUGUUGUGUUUUCUAUGAAGCCGAUAUUAAUUUUUUUGGUAUAAUUUUCUUUUGGCGAAUAUUAAAAAACUUACUUAUACAACGAGCUAAAUUGCUCAUCCAAGGAGCAAUUCUAGGUAUUGUUUUGUAUGGAUGAUUACUAGGGAAUAAUUUUUCCUUAAUAUUAGAAUCGUUUUCACAUCUCACAUUGUUUUAGGCUGCUUUUAUAAAUUACGACUUAUAACCAAAAACUAAAAAGCUA